AUGAGUUUGAAGAGGAAGAAAAGUGAAGUGGUUGAAGAGGUUGUGGUGGGUGUUGAGGGGGAAGAGGAAGAAGAAGCCGUUACCCCCACACCUCAGUCCGUUACCCCCACACCUCAGUCCGUUACCCCCACACCUCAGUCCGUUACCCCCACACCAGUCCGUUACCCCCACACCUCCCCCACACCCCCGUCACACUCAGCCAAUUACCCCCACACCCCCCCCACACCCCCGUCACACUCAGCCAAUUACCCCCCACACCCCCCCCACACCAGCCGUUACCCCCACACCUCAGUCCGUUACCCCCACACCUCAGUCCGUUACCCCCACACCUCAGUCCGUUACCCCCACACCAGUCCGUUACCCCCACACCUCAGUCCGUUCCCCCCACACCUCAGUCCGUUCCCCCCACACCUCAGUCCGUUCCCCCCACACCUCAGUCCGUUCCCCCCACACCUCAGUCCGUUACCCCCACACCUCAGUCCGUUCCCCCCACACCUCAGUCCGUUACCCCCACACCUCAGUCCGUUACCCCCACACCUCAGUCCGUUACCCCCACACCUCAGUCCGUUACCCCCACACCCCCCCCCCCCACACCAGCCCGUUACCCCCACACCUCAGUCCGUUACCCCCACACCUCAGUCCGUUACCCCCACACCUCAGUCCGUUACCCCCACACCUCAGUCCGUUACCCCCACACCUCAGUCCGUUCCCCCCCUUCUCAGUCCGUUCCCCCCCUUCUCAGCCCGUUGCCCCCCCCACCCUCGCCCCUCUCUGUCUCCUGACACCACAUUACAGCUUCACUGGUGCCCAGAGGAGGCGGCGGCUGCGUCUCUGUUAUUAGCGUUCCGACAGGAGCAGGCCUUGGAGCAGCACUGCAGGGUGGAGUCCGGCUUCUCGGGGAUCAGAGACGUCUACACCACCAACGUCAGCCACGACAACAUGCAGCAGAGCUUCUUCCUCUCAGAGACCCUCAAGUACCUGUACUUGCUGUUUUCUGAGGACGAGCUGCUGCCUCUGGAGGACUGGGUGUUCAACACGGAGGCCCACCCUCUGCCCGUGGGCUCGUUACGGUCAUCUCCACCGAGGGCUCGUUACGUUCAUCUCCACCGAGGGCUCGUUACGUUCAUCUCCACCGAGGGCUCGUUACGUUCACCUCCACCGAGGGCUCGUUACGUUCACCUCCACCAAGGGCUCGUUACGUUCAUCUCCACCGAGGGCUCGUUACGUUCACCUCCACCGAGGGCUCGUUACGUUCACCUCCACCAAGGGCUCGUUACGUUCACCUCCACCGAGGGCUCGUUACGUUCACCUCCACCGAGGGCUCGUUACGUUCACCUCCACCGAGGGCUCGUUACGUUCACCUCCACCGAGGGCUCGUUACGUUCACCUCCACCGAGGGCUCGUUACGUUCACCUCCACCGAGGGCUCGUUACGUUCACCUCCACCGAGGGCUCGUUACGGUCAUCUCCACCGAGGGCUCGUUAUGGUCAUUUCCACCGAGGGCUUGUUACGGUCAUCUCCACCGAGGGCUCGUUACGUUCAUCUCCACCGAGGGCUUGUUACGGUCAUCUCCACCGAGGGCUCGUUACGUUCAUCUCCACCGAGGGCUCGUUACGGUCAUCUCCACCGAGGGCUCGUUACGGUCAUCUCCACCGAGGGCUCGUUACGUUCAUCUCCACCGAGGGCUCGUUACGGUCGUCUCCACCGAGGACUCGUUACGGUCAUCUCCACCGAGGGCUCGUUACGGUCAUCUCCACCGAGGGCUCGUUACGGUCGUCUCCACCGAGGACUCGUUACGGUCAUCUCCACCGAGGACUCGUUACGGUCAUCUCCACCGAGGACUCGUUACGGUCAUCUCCACCGAGGGCUCGUUACGUUCAUCUCCACCGAGGACUCGUUACGGUCAUCUCCACCGAGGACUCGUUACGGUCAUCUCCACCGAGGACUCGUUACGGUCAUCUCCACCGAGGACUCGUUACGGUCAUCUCCACCGAGGGCUCGUUACGGUCAUCUCCACCGAGGGCUCGUUACGGUCAUCUCCACCAGAGCUCUGAACGUUUCCAGAUCAAGAGUGAGGGAGGGACCAGGACGAGAGCAGCUGCAGAUGGCUUUUCCAUGUCUUUCUUCCGCUUCACCCUGAGCCUGUGCGUGUGGCUGUACAUACUGACCCAGUCUGAGCUUGUCUCCAUUUUGUGA